CCGCCGAUGCCUCCGUGCGUCGUCGGGCUGAGUCCGCUUCUAGCGCCAUUGAUUUCCUCACGCUCUGCUGUCGCCUCAAGACGACAAAAAGGAAGGGAUGGAUCAACCAUGGAAUUAAGGGCCCUGAGUCAAUUGCUGACCACAUGUAUCGCAUGGCGUUAAUGGCCCUGAUCGCUGAAGAUCUUCCUGGUGUCAAUAGAGAAAGGUGUAUCAAGAUUGCCAUCGUGCAUGACAUUGCCGAAGCUAUUGUUGGUGAUAUCACACCCUCGGAUGGAAUUCCUAAAGAAGAAAAGAGUAGGCGUGAGCAGGCGGCUCUGAAUGAAAUGUGUGAAGUCAUUGGUGGAGGAUCAAGGGCUGAUGAAAUAAAGGAGCUUUGGGCAGAUUAUGAAAACAAUGCUUCAAUAGAGGCUAGUCUUGUGAAGGAUUUUGACAAAGUCGAAAUGAUUCUUCAAGCUUUGGAAUAUGAAAUGGACCAUGGAAAGGUUUUGGACGAAUUCUUUCUUUCAACAGCAGGCAAAUUUCAGACCGAUGUAGGGAAGAGGUGGGCAGCAGAGGUGACCGCAAGGAGAAAUAAAAGGCUAGGGCAUCAGGCCUGAUUCCUCUCAUUGAGUAAAAGCAAAGUGAAUUCUCCAAAAUAAAAUAAAAUAAAAAAGGUUUAGAUCUUGCCUUGUCAUAGCUUAUCCUUAGAAAGAUCGAUAGUGAUCCAGGUAAUUAAUAGUCUUAUGCUGUUUACAAACUAGAGCAUAAGCCACAUUCUAAAUUGGUGAUUGGAUUGCAUAUUGAGUAUGUAUCUCUCGGCGGAAAAUAGAAAAGAGGAAGAGAAACAUGAAGGUGCUCCCUUUGGGGGAUCUUCUACCCUUCUUCAGUCGUCUGACCAUCAAAUUUUGUCCUUCCAGAAUUUACACCCUCUUAAAAGCAAGAGUGUAACCUUUAUGCUGAAAAUGCCUGCUGAAAGCAAUGUGAUUAUUACAAAGUAUUAUUCUCUUUUAUAAGCUUGUUCA